AUGAAAGUGAUGCUAACACACCCUGUCAAGGAUGUUUGUUCUCCGGAAUUUGUUCCCACUUACCAGAUUUUGAAUAACACUCUGUUCCAGUAUUCCGCGUCUGUGGACAACAUCACCAUAUUCUUCGAUGGUUGUCCUGAUAACAUCCUAGGUUUCCCUUCAAACCGCAACUUUAAGUGCGGGGAUGAUGUGCAUUAUUUUGAGGAGGGAGACAAUGAGGAAGAGAUGCUCCAGAAACAUUCAAAGCUUAGGGAUUGCAAGCAACGUUUGCUAGUGCCCACUGCCGCUCCUCUCGAUCAUUAUAAUUAUAUUUAUGGAGAUGAAGUUGUGAGAGAAGCUAUCAGUGAUGGGUUUGAGGUGUACUAUGAUGUUCCUCAACAUUGCAAACGAUGCAACGAAACGGACGGAAGUUGCUGGAACGGUGGUAUUGGUGAAUAUGUAGUUUCAUGCAAGUAUUGCUCAAAUGAACACUGUUCUUCUCCUCCCGGAAAAAGUACAUCUAACCUUAUCAGGAAAAUCAUCAUAGGUGUUGCAAGUGCAGCAAUGGGAGUCUUCAUGAUGUGCAUCAUAAUAUGCUGUAGUAAAUGUAUGUCAUCAAAAAGAAAGGUAAUAUUUUGGAUGACAAACGACCAAGAUAUUGAGGUAUUCUUAAAAAAUCAUGGGACUCUAGCACAAAAGAUAUAUAAAUUUUCAGAAGUGAAGAAAAUGACCAACAACUUCUCAGUUAAACUGGGUGAAGGUGGUUUUGGUGUUGUCUACAAAGGAGAGAUACUCAAUGGUUAUCCUGUGGCGGUAAAGAUAUUAAGUGCAUCAAAAGGAAAUGGCCAAGAAUUUAUCAAUGAGGUUGCCAGCAUCAGUAGGACUUCUCAUGUUAAUGUUGUCCAACUUCUUGGAUUCUGUUUGGAAGGAAAGACGAAAGCUCUGAUUUAUGAAUACAUGGCUAAUGGUUCUCUCGAUAAGUUCAUUAGUAAUAAGGGAUUCGAAAGCACUCCAUCUUUGAGCUGGGAUAAUUUGUUGCAAAUUGCCAAAGGGAUAGCCCAAGGACUAGAUUACUUGCACAAGGGAUGCAACACUCGAAUUUUUCAUUUUGACAUAAAACCACAUAACAUUCUUUUGGAUGAGGACUUAUGUCCCAAGAUAUCAGAUUUUGGGCUUGCAAAACUUUGUCCUGCCAAAGAAAGCACUAUUCUCAUGUCAGAUGCUAGAGGAACAAUAGGAUACGUAGCUCCAGAAGUGUUUAACAAACAUUUUGGUGGAGUUUCUCAGAAGUCUGACGUCUACAGUUAUGGAAUGAUGCUACUAGAAAUGGUGGGAGCGAGGAACAAUAUUAAUUUAGAAGCUACUGAAACAAGUGAGUACUUCCCAGAUUGGAUAUACCGCAAGUUAGAGCAAGGGGAAGAUUUGAGAACUGACGGGGUGAUAGACACAGAAGAGAAAGAGAUAGAAAGGAGAAUGAUUGUAGUUAGUUUAUGGUGCAUUCAAACGUUUCCAAAGGAUAGACCUACCAUGAGUAGAGUAAUAGAUAUGCUAGAAGGCAACAUGAAUUCCCAAGAAAUGCCCCCAAAACCCUUGCUUUCUUCUCCCACUACUAGAUCGGUGCCAGAAUGGACCACUAGUUCUUUGCAGUCUGUGUAG